UUUUCGUAUGACUCUUAUGUAAUAAUUUGCAGAAAUACGUGAUCGGGCCAUUUGAUCGUAAGACGUACACAUAUGAUCGUUAUAUGCCGCUCAUUUUCAUCGGCGGUGUACCACGAUCAGGUACAACCCUAAUGCGUGCCAUGUUGGACGCGCACCCUGACGUGAGGUGCGGACAAGAGACCAGAGUCAUACCGCGAAUUCUUCAGAUGAAGAUGCACUGGUCCAAGUCCGAGAAGGAAAAUGUACGACUUACCGAGGCGGGGAUCUCAAAAGAGGUGAUAGACAGCGCGAUAGCGGCGUUCUGCUUGGAAAUAAUAGCGCGACACGCCGAGCCCGCGCCGAGAUUGUGCAACAAGGAUCCACUCACCCUGAAGAUGGGCUCGUACAUCCUCGAGCUCUUCCCGAACGCGAAAUUUAUAUUCAUGGUGCGCGACGGGCGUGCGACGGUGCAUUCCAUCAUAUCCAGGAAGGUCACAAUAACGGGUUUCGACUUAUCGUCCUACCGGCAGUCCCUCAUCAGGUGGAAUCACGCAAUUUCCGUAAUGUACGGCCAAUGCAAGGAAUUAGGACCUGAGAGAUGUCUGAUGGUCCCUUACGAGCAGUUGGUGCUGCAUCCACGCCAAUGGAUGAAGAAGAUAUUAAACUAUCUGGACGUGCCGUGGAAUGAGUCCGUCAUGCAUCACGAGGAAUUCAUUAACAAACCUGGCGGAGUACCUCUGAGCAAGGUCGAGAGGUCAUCGGAUCAAAUCAUAAAGCCUGUAAAUCUGGCGGCACUGACCAAAUGGGUCGGUAACAUUCCCGAGGACGUGGUGAGGGAGAUGGCGGACAUCGCACCGAUGCUCUCUGUGCUCGGCUACGAUCCUUACGCGAAUCCACCCGUCUAUGGCGCACCGGACAGUUUAGUUAGCGACAACACCAGACGGGUGUUGGCUGGCGAAAAACUUUGGGAAGAGAAGGCACGGGCGUAUCAUCUAUCGCACAGACCGAUUGAGAACAGCAACGAGGAAGCUGCUUCCAGCACGGCCCCAGUCGCGUGACCCCGCGUGAUUCUCAUAGGCACGAGCGACACAUAACCAACUACCACCCUAAAUCCCCAUCGAUUUAGGAUUUCCGUGUGUGCAGAGAAUAUCCCCUUGUACUUUCAAAGUAAACUCGGUCCCGCACGACGCCGAGUUGCGUCGUCGAUUUAAUCGCCCACGUUGUAUUUUCUCAAUUCUUCAGCGUUAUUCCAGCGACGAUGGAUUAAUCGAUCAUUCCUCUCGACGCUUAUUCAUUCGCAUCAGGACUGCGUUUCACGAUGCCAGAUGACGUAAUAUAUUAGACCGUGACUAGAAAAUAAAGAAUGCACCAGAGAUAAGUGACUAAACUUCGAAAUAAUUUACAAUUUAUGAAGCAUCGACGUGAAGCAUUUCUCUUGCAUAUACAUUUCUUUAAAAUGGAACGAAGAGUAAGGUUCGUUUUAAGAUUAAAUUUCUAUGAGCCUUCUCGAUAUUCUCGCAAUACCAAUAUCGACGAAAA